UGGCGCCGCCCCUGCUUGCAACUUCCUCAUUAUUAUAACUAAAGAUAUACCUGUGUGUGUGCGUGCGUGUUGUGCGUGCGUGUGUGUGUUGUUUCCGUGCUGUAAAGGGGCGUGGUUUGAUCCCUCAUCACAUCUGAUGCAGUUUCCCAGCAUGCAUUAAUCUGUCUGAGGACCGUGUUUUCUCCCCGGCUCUCCGCAGCUGUGUUCCCCGGCCAGAGGAGCUGAUCUCCGGGUGUCUGCAGCGGCAUGGCCCGGUCCUUUUGAUCCGAGCGGAGCGUCUCCUCCUCGGCCUUUUCUCCCCCAGAUUCGCCCUCCUUCAGCGGAGCAAUGAGGAACCCUCUGCCCGGGGCGGUGCUCUCUCUCUGGAUCCUUCUGGAGUGUGUCGAGGCCAAGAAGUACUGCUGGUAUUUUGAAGGCGGAUACCCGAUCUACUUCAUAUGUCGCUCGUAUGAGGACUGCUGUGGGACUCGCUGCUGUGUGAGAGCUCUCUCCAUCCAGAGACUAUGGUACUUCUGGGUGCUCCUGAUGAUGGGCGUGUUGUUCUGCUGCGGCGCAGGGUUCAUCGUGCGCAGGAGGAUGUACCCUUCACCUCUGAGAGACGACUUCAACGUGUCCUUCACCAGACACCCUGCCAACUCUCCUGUCUCCCAGCAGCCGGGGGCCAUGCAGGGCUUCGGGGUGAACGGGAUGACCUCUGACCCAGCAGGGGGUCCCUCUGGCUCCGCCCACAUGUUCCCAGCUCAGCCUGGCUCCGCCCACAUGAUGAUGAGCGCCUACCCCCCCCCUCCGUCAUACUGCAACCACCCCCCUCCCUCAUAUGAACAGAUAUUUAACAACGCAGACAAGAAGUGACGUCUGCAGAGAAAAGAGAGAUGAACUGUGAGAAAGGAAAUGAUCAGAGACUUUUAAAACACACACACUUCCUGUACUGAAGAAGCACACACACACACACACACCUGAUCUGUAUUGAAUAUUGAACAGAUAUUUCACAACGCCGACAAAAAGUGACGUCUGCAGAGAAACAAGAGAUGAACUGUGAGAAAGGAAAUGAUCAGAGGGUUUUGUGGAUGUAAGACUUUUAAAAACACACACUUCCUGUAAUGAAGAAACACACACACACACACACACACACACACACACACACACACACACACACACACUAGAAUGUACAAACUGUUGUUGAAAGCGUUUUGAAGACAUAUCCUCCCUGCACUCUUCACUACGUGAUGAGUCCUGGAUGCAGAUUUUAUCUCAGCGUCAUGUCAUAAAGAGCUCCAGUUCAACAUGAGGAAGGACAUGAGGAAGGACAUGAGGAAGGACAUGAGGAAGGACGCUGUUGUGCUUUUUCUUUUGUUUCUUCGUCAGAUAUUCUAGCAUGGAGCUUGUUCAUUAAAGCCUCUUGAGAAGCGUGUUUCCCACAGGG